AUGAUGGUGAUGGAGCAGGAACAAAACGUACAUCAACAACCCGCUCCAUCACUUCCAGAAGAAGAUGGCAAUAAUAGUGAUGAGGGACCACCGAACCAUGUAGCAGAACUCAUCCGCACAGAUGAGUCAUCCGACAUGGAGGAUUUGGCAGACGAUAUGGAGCGUCUCGGUGGAAACGAACAAUCACAACACCAGGAUAGAAACAACAAUUAA